UUGGCAAACAACGUCUGGGUGUGUCUGUAUAAAAAUAGGGAUAACGAAAACGAAAGUGUUAUGCCACACAAUGGCGGAUCAGUCUGGUGAGCAAAGCCCUUUGGAAAGUGGAUCUGACGUCAGUGAUGAGUCGGACAGUGACGGAAACUCAGACGUAGAAAGUGAUUCUCAGGUUUGUUGGAGUCGGCGUCUAUUUUCUAAUUACACACAAAGCCAUGAGAAGGGAUCAGUGAACCCACUUAAACCCGAACUUUACACAUGUUAGGCUGCAUGAGAGUUUUACUGCCAUAACGAUACAAUAUACAACAUAACUAUACAUUCCUUACCGGUGAUGGAAGCAAUCUUCCAUACGUUCAUAUUUCAGCUCGAUGGGAAAGAGCCCUGCAAGUAUUACAACGGCCGGGGCUGCAAGGAAGGUGAGAGGUGCUCUUACUUGCACGCCUGCAAGUAUGCCCUGAAAGGAAGCUGUCGCCACGGGUCCAAGUGUAAGCUGUACCACCCCCGAGCUGAAAGAGAGUCCUCUGAUGCGAGCAACAGGGCUUCGGACCGAUCACGGGCUAGCGACCCAAAGCUUACUGAUGGCCGAUGCUACCAGUGGCAGCUUAAUGAUGGAAAUGGCUGGUUGGAUGUUUGUAAUGAUCACCUUCUGGAGGCCCAGUACUCGCUGCCCCACACCAAGAGCAUUACAAUCUACAACACAUCAUACGGGGCCGUGAGUAUCGAUUUCAACAGGAUGAAAGUGUUCAGGAAGAGUCUGACAGUCAGACGUCUGGAUGAUGGGAACGCGGUGUGGAUCUGGUACUGCACUUUGAGUCGUAAGUGGAUCAAGUAUGGAAGCAAGGAUUCGAAGGGCAACCCCAGUCCUGUGAAGAGCUCUGACAUAGAGAACAAGUACCAGAGUAACCCAGCAAGCUCUUAUACUUUCACCAUCGGUGCCGAAACCGUUGAGAUUAAAUUCAGAGAAAUGCGACAGGUGACAGGACAGAGAAAGAGGAAAGUCACUCGUCGACCGCUGUACCGACAGCAGCUGGCAGGAGCUGGAGUUUCUCAAACAGCCUCAGCUCUCCAGAAUCUUCUUCUAGGCGCCAGACCACAGUGGCAGUUUGAGGGAGACAGCGGAGCGUGGCACGAGUUCAUACACAGGAGGGGCACUCCAACGGAAUGCUCCGUAGCCAGCGACGAGAUCGAGAGGAAGUACGCGCAAAACCCCAACGACAGCAUGAUCUUCAAAGUGAAGGGACGCUCCUACAAGCUGGACUUUAACGCGAUGACCCAGACCAACCUCAAGACCAACAAUUCACGCAAUAUCAGGCGUGUGCUGUUUGCCCUUUUCGUUAUUGUUCGGCUACAAGUGUAUUUUCCUUACAGCAUGGAACGUGGAGCGGAGGUGGGCUCCUGGCACCAGACUCCAGUCAAUGGGAAACAUUAUGAGUGGCAGCUGUCAAAUGGACAUCAGUGGCUGCCAAUUGACAACGACCAUGUGAUCGAGACCCACUACUGCCAACCUGGAGCGAAAGGAAUCACAAUCAACUUUAUCGAUCGGCAGCUGUUCAUAGACUUUGAUAAGUUACAGACUCUAACUCCAGGUCUGGGGGUCCAGAGACUGAGCUUCCUCCCUCAGCGCCAGACGGAGGACGUAGGCUGGUACUUCAGAGAUGACCAGCUGUGGCGUGAAUACGGAUCCCAGAGCUCCAGCAUGGUGUCCUCGUCAAUCAGCAGUGCGCACGUCGAGCGUCAGUUCACCCUGAACCCUCGGGGAACCUUCAGCUUCACACUGGGCUCGACUGGCUACUCGCUCGACUUCUCCACCAUGACACAAACAAACUGCAGCACAGGCCUGCGCAGGAACGUACGAAGGCGUCCAAAAUUCACUUCCAACACAGGGAGCUUUUACUCCACCUCGGUUUCCUCCUCCCAGCUCACUGAUGGAGGCUACAAGUGGGAGUUCAUGGGAGACGAGGGGAGAUGGACAGAAUACAAAGCACAUAUCUGUUCAUUUGACAGCGCUGCCAUUGAGGGACAAUACCAGCUGAAUCCACAAGGCCAGCUGCACUACAAGACCAAGAGACACUCGUACACGCUGGAUUUUUCAAGAAUGUGUCAAGUCAAUGACAGGAUCGGGACUUCAAGAGCAGUGAGGAGGACUGCUGACUCUGGGAGUCAACAGAACAACAGUUCGGGCACGCUGCCACGAUGGCAAUUUCAAGAUGUCGGUGGACUUUGGAAAGAUUAUUCCGAAGGAAGCAGAAAUUCCAGUCAGGACAUCGAGCUCCAGUACCAACAGAACCCGUCAGGCACCAUGAAGUUCACCACCAAGCACUUCAGCUAUGAGCUGGACUUCUCAGCCAUGACUCAGAUGAACCUGUCCACAACCACCACCAGAGCAGUGCGACGACUCAACCAGUGACUGUGGGACGACCGACGUGGGUUGAAGGUCGGAGGUCAACUUCAUGUUGAUCCUCACAAUUGCCUCAGUGCCUGCAUCAGGUCGUCUCUCAAAGUGGAAUGAUUCACUAC